AUGAGUGCAAUUUUAAAAUUUAUCCGUGAAAACCACAUACUUGCGGUAAUAGAACAGGCCAUAGCCAAAAAGAAGACAAGGUUAAGUUUAAAUGCGUUCGAAAUCAGAGAAAUACCAACGCUAUUGUACUCAUGUACGGCCGUCGAACAUCUUUAUUUACACAUAAAUGACAUACCAACUCUACCAGGUCAGAUAGCGCAGCUUACAAACUUAACAACACUGACUCUGGACUAUAAUAAUAUAAGUGCAUUGCCCAAGGAAAUCGGUAACUUGAAGAAUCUCAUCAAUUUGAACAUAAGCUACAACCCUCUCCAUCAAUUGAUUCCUGAGAUUGGCAAUCUGGAGAAUCUGGAAGCCUUCUGGUGUAACAGGAUUGGAUUGAAAGAGAUACCAAAAGAGAUCGGUAAAUUAUCGAAACUGGACACGUUCGGAGCCCGUGGAAAUGAACUUAAGACUGUCCCGGAUGAACUGACCAGACUGAAAAAAUUGAGAUGGCUGACUCUGGAAUACAAUCAUAUAGAAUAUCUGCCACGCUGUAUGGACAACAUGGAGUACCUGGUGCACGUCAACGUGAGACAGAACUGCCUCAAGGAGUUCCCCGCUUCGGUCCUAAAGUGCCCCAACCUCAUGUUCUUGCAGCUCAACCAUAAUCAGAUACCACGUCUGCCGGAGGACUUUCAAACAAACGAGAUCCGCGCACUUGAGAUGAUUGACCUCCGUUACAAUCCCAUCUGUGAGCUCCCACAUCAGGACCAUCAUCUGAUACGCUACACGGAGGCCAUGCCCACUGCGUUGAGUGCGCAAGACCUGGCGUCUUCGUCCAACGGUCGAGGCCUCGCCGCCCAGGCGUUGGCGGCCAACGCCACUGCGCUUAGACUACCUGCGGUGCCAGCGCCGAGGCGCCCCGACGCGUUGGCCAGAGAGCUGGAUCCGGACGGCUCCUCAAUAGACGAUUCUGAGGAUUGGGAGAACAGUGUCAACAGUUCAGAACUGGACGUCCAAUACCAGAGCGAUGACGAGCGGGCCGACAACGAGAUCGCUCAAUUCUUUCAGGCGAUCGGCACGGUGUUGCCAGAUCUGUCCCGAUAUGCAAGCACUGCAAACUAAGAUUAAUACCACUCGCAACACUGAUCAGCUGAUAAAAUUAUAGAUCGAAAACUAAACCACCGCAAGUUUUAAUUUACAACUAACAUCAUUCAUUAGCUAUCAGAAAAAAAAGAAAAAUAUAACUGCAAGAUAAAUUAUUUCCACUCGCAACACUCCUUACAUCAGCUAUCUGAAGAAUGAAACCCAGAGAUUGCACUAAAAACUUGAAAUAUCUUUGCUGGCAACAUUUAUAAGCUAUCAAAAGAAGAACUAAGAGCUAUCCUUGCAGGUGAAAUAGUUACCAGUGGCUACUACCGGCAGCAAUCAUAAGAAUAAAACCAAUAGAUAGAUCUAUAAGUUUAAUUAUUGCCACUGGCAACAUUCAUAAGCUAUCAGUGUAAAACCAAGAUCUAUAGUUGCAAGUUAAAUCAUUUCGAGUGGCUACUUUCAUAAGCAAUCUGAAGAAUAAAGGCACUACAAGUUUUAGUUUUUGCCACUGGCAACAUUCAUAAGCUAGAAGAAAAGCUACCGUUGCAAGUUAAGUCAUAACCAACGGUGACUUUCAUCAGCUUUCCGAAAAAUAAAGCCUAAAGAUAGCACUACAAGUUUUAAUUUUUGCCACUGGUAAAAUUAAUAAGCUAUCAGAAAAAAGCUACUACCGGCAGCGAUCAUAAGAAUUAAACCUAUAGAUAGAUCUAUAAGUUAAUUAUUGCCACUGGCAACAUUCAUAAGUGUAAAACCAAGAUCUACAGUUGCAAGUUAAAUCAUUACCAGUGGCAACUUUCAUCAGCCAUCAGAGGAAUAAAACCUAGAGAUAGCACUUCAAGUUUUAUUUAUUUCCACUGGCAACAUUAAUAAGUUAUGAAAACAAAACCAAGAGCUACCGCUGCAGUUAAAAUGGCUACCAAAUUACCAAUGGCUACUUUCAUCAGCCAUCAGAAGAAUGAAACCUAGAGAUAACACUAUAAGUAUAAUUUUUACCACUGGCAACAUUCAUAAGCUGUCAGAAGCAAAACCAAGAUUACAGAUGCAAGGUCAAUUCUUACAAAUUGCAACACUACACUGAAAAUAAACUGACAGCCUCUUGGUAUCAUUGUAAAACUUUAAUUAAUUU